CGGGAUAGUAGUACAGUAGUGAUUCUGUCUCUGUAAUGAACAGAUGUUCAGUGGAAAUCGUAGUAUCCUAUUCGAUUUUUGUAUUUAUUUACAACUUAAAAAUUCACGAAUUUGAAGUGAAUUAGUUGAUAUUUGACUAUCAAAAUGUAUCCUGUAGCACCACCUUCGUCAUCAGGAUCAACAACGAGUACUGCUGUAGGAGUUACGGGUACUACAGGAAGUAGUGUAUUAGCACCAAGUACUUUAGGCUUAGUACCUACUCAACAGGCACAUACUCCACCUCAACCACCUGAUUUGCCAAUGUUCACAUGUCCAAGAAGACCUAAUAUUGGACGUGAAGGUAGAGUCAUUGGAUUGAGAGCUAACCACUUUCAAAUUACAAUGCCACGUGGCUAUGUUCAUCAUUAUGACAUAAAUAUCCAGCCAGAUAAGUGUCCAAGAAAAGUUAAUAGAGAAAUAAUUGAAACUAUGGUUCAUGCUUACACAAAAAUUUUUGGAACACUCAAACCUGUCUUUGAUGGUAGGAAUAAUUUAUAUACUCGUGAUCCUCUACCUAUUGGUACUGAUAAAUUAGAACUAGAGGUUAUCUUGCCUGGAGAAGGUAAAGACAGAGUAUUUCGUGUAGUCAUUAAAUGGGUUGCACAAGUUUCUUUAUUUGCAUUGGAGGAAGCAUUAGAAGGUCGAACAAGGCAGAUUCCAUAUGAUGCUAUUCUGGCUUUGGAUGUGGUGAUGAGACAUCUGCCUUCUAUGACUUAUACACCUGUUGGAAGGUCUUUUUUCAGUAGUCCAGACGGCUAUUAUCAUCCUCUUGGUGGUGGUAGAGAAGUGUGGUUUGGUUUUCAUCAAUCAGUGAGACCCUCACAAUGGAAAAUGAUGUUGAAUAUUGAUGUAUCAGCUACAGCUUUUUAUAAAGCACAACCUGUUAUUGAGUUUAUGUGUGAGGUUUUAGAUAUAAGAGAUAUUAAUGAGCAAAGAAAGCCUUUAACUGAUUCACAAAGAGUGAAAUUUACAAAAGAAAUCAAAGGAUUGAAGAUUGAAAUUACUCAUUGUGGUACAAUGAGAAGAAAAUAUAGGGUUUGCAAUGUUACUCGUAAACCAGCUCAAAUGCAGUCAUUUCCACUACAGUUGGAGAAUGGACAAACUGUUGAAUGUACUGUUUCCAAGUACUUCUUAGAUAAAUAUAAAAUGAAAUUACGAUAUCCUCAUCUCCCUUGCCUUCAAGUUGGUCAAGAGCACAAACAUACAUACUUACCACUCGAGGUAAUUAAUUUUAGCUAUUGA